CUGGUCUCAAGUUGAAGCGGGCGGAAACUGGGGACUCGAUACCCGAAAGGGGAAACACUAAGCUCCAACAAUCAUCAUCAUCAUCAUCGUUGUCGUCUUUCAUCCAUCUCCAACCCGUUGGUAGUGUCCUUCGCGCAGUGGUGACCACCUCGACGCUUGUCUCUUAGGGUUCGUCGGAAGCUGCAUAUGGUGCGGUUGAUACUUUGAAAGUCCCCCCUUCAAGAUGAAUAGGUUUCGCUUUGGCGACUCCGAUGAGUCUGCGUCCGAAUUCGACGAUGAUACCUCCGGACUGCCCUUCCCCGAGCCUUUGUCUCGUGCUUCCUUCCUCUCCCCCGACUUCGACCCCGCGGCGUAUCUAUCCUCCCUCACCAAUCGACACCAGAGCCUCGAGGACUUGCGACAGGAAUUACGGGAUCUGGAUCAAUUACUCAGUCGAGAACUCCUAGACUUGGUCAAUGAAAACUACCAGGACUUUCUAUCCCUAGGGAGCGCACUAAACGGUGGGGAGGAGAAAGUCGAGCAGGUACGGGUCGGCUUGUUGGCAUUCCAGCGUGAUGUUCAGUCCAUACGGGAUAAGGUGGAAGCCAGACAAGAGGAGAUGGUAGAGCUACUGAAGGAGAAGAAGCGUCUGAAGACUCAAGCCAAUGUUGGACAGGCCUUGCUGGACUAUGCGGAUCGAGUCGAGGAGCUGGAAAGGAGAUUGAUGAUCGGAGACACUCCCCGGGCUCCUCAGGACGGUACUCCGGGCGAGUCCGAUUCGGAUUCUGAUUUUAUUGAGAGCGACAGCGACGAUAGUGACGAGGAUGAACUGCCCAACGGCGCAACUACUGCGUCGCUCGUUUCCCUCAAGACCCUCGAGCGUCAUAUCCAGAAAUAUGUCUACUUGAUAAAGCUGUCGUCUCGGAUAGGUGACAACCAUCCAUUCCUACAGAGUCAACAACCAAGGAUGUCGAAAAUACGAUCUGCGGUGCUCUUGGAUCUGAAGACGGCUUUGGAGCAGGCGAAGCAGGCGGGCGACAAGCGGGAUACGAAAACGCUGGCCGUAUUGCGUCUCUACAAGCUCAUGGGAGAGGACACUACUGCCGUAUCGGCACUCAAGAAUCUGAAGUCCUAGAGGACUUCUAGAGCUAGGCAGUGCCAUUUUGCAUAGCGCCGGCGUUGGGAGAUUUACUUUUGCUGGUUCCGAGUGAGAUUUGAAAAAAUACCAUUAUACACCGUAACCUUCCUAAUGAAACAUAUUCUGUACACCCAUGAACUUGAAGACGCUAGA